AUGAAUACGAAGCAAAAGAAAAAAAGUAUUACCAACUAUAUUAAAAAAAGGGAGCUUGAAGAAGGGGAGCUUAAGGAAGGGGAGAUUAAGGAAGAGGAGAUUAAAGAAGGGGGCAUUGAGGAAGAAGGGGACAUUAAGAAAGAAGGCGACAUUAAAAAGAAAGGCGAUAUUGAUAAAGAGGGCGACAUUAAGAAGGAGGGCGAUAUUAAGGAGGAAGGCGACAUUAAGGAAGAGGGGGAUAUUAAAGAGGAAAGGGAUAUUAAAGAGGAGGAGGAUAUUAAGAAGGAGGCUAUUAUACUAUUACUAAAAACUCUUUUAUUAAAAGACUUUUAUUACGCAACCUUAUAA